UGCAUUCUGCUCAUCACUAAAGUGCAUUGCAGAUCAGUGGCUGCUUUACGACCAAGAGUGGCAAAUAUUUUUUCAAUCGCUUUCCAUUCCAUGUUUUCAUGUGAAUUCGUCAAUUUUGUAUAAAAAUUAUUGUAUUUUCGGUUCUAGUUUUUCAGUUUGAGACAAUCUAAAUACAAUUCUCAUGAAACUCGAGUGAAGUGCUACACAAAAUUGGAGUGAUUCGUAUUUCUCGUAUCGUUUGUUCCCUGAACCUAUAGUACGAGUUCCCUAAAGCAGUAAAUCUGCACCAGGAAGUGGCUGGUGAGGGAAUAUUCAACAACAGCUCCUGCAGUUCGAUCCCGAGUGCGCUACUGGCUCAACGACAUCGUCGAUGAGAUGCGCAAGAAGAGUCCCGCAUCGGUCCAGAAAUGGGUCGACUCGAUACAGAUACCAGUGUCGGGCGGGGCAGGACCCAGCGGAGAUCCAGGAUUAUCCUCUGCUGAGCUAGCAGGGCCACACCAUCCGUAUGACGUGGCGGAAUCGUCCGGUCUGGUUGAGUCUGGCGAAUCGGGCUCCGAGCUCGACCGCGAGAGCAGUGAAGACGUACUUAGGGGCGAUGGACUCGGAUCUAUCUCCGAUGAGGAGUGUGUGCCGUCCUCCGUCAGUCCCCUGGUGGAGCACCGAAGUGAUACCGGUUCGGCUAUGUCCAUUAAGAGCUUGCUCUCGAAGAAGUCGCUGCUGGAGAAGUUCAGCCGCAGUAACACCAACCUUCAGGAGCCGGAAAGUCAUCUGGAUCUGGACGCGGUUGAUCCGGUAUCGGAAGACGAAACCCGCAAAGUUGCCUCGCUGGCCUCCCUUGGUAAGAUUAAGAUCAACGAGUUCUAUGACAAGCUGAGCAUGAACAAGGCAAAAUACAAUCUGAUGAAGACCAAAACUAUCGACCUUCGCAACAUGCUCGGAGCGGGUAAGGAAAGUGUUGCCAGGCAAAGGGAUCAAUCGAAAGCGGAAACGACGAAUAUGGGAGGUUUGAUUCCACAGAAAGAGGAGCUGGAUCCGAUUUUGGUGGAAGCUAUAAUCGUGGAAGAGGAACAACAGCAACCGGAGGCAAGCAGCAAGCUCAGCACUGGAGACAUUUACGAGUUUUCGUUCGAUGAAUCGUUCCCAAAAGACGAAGACCUACCGGACGCCGCCAGCGAGGAUGAGGAAAAGGAAAACCUGGACAUGGCAACUCAGGGAUACGACACCUACCUGAACCCACCGAAAACGUUCCAUCGGAUGGGCAUCGGGAAAAUUGGCCGCAGCUCCAGCGAGAACCCCCGCGCCAACAACAAGCGCUACAAUCUGCUGGACAUUGGCCGCAGUUUCAGCGAAAUGAACGACGACGACAACUUCGUCAUCAGCGAGUGCAACAACAGCUGCCCCAACCCGUCGUCGCUCAAUACCAGUUCCAGUAUUAACAACAGCACCAGCAACAUUCUGGCGCGGUCCGUGCCCGUUAGCCCGAUUCCGCGGACAUCCAGUAAGGUCAGCAUUCAGCAGGAGAACUCCCUGUCGGAGUCGCCCCGCCGCCGAAGCGCCAUGCUCAUGAAGGAAAGCUCGCUGCAGUCCGACUCGAGCCGAUGCUCCAGCGUGGAGAGCCUGCUGAAUGCCCGCAAACCGGACCCGGAACGAAUACUGUUGAAUUUGGGCUUCGGACCAGCACCCCACAGCACCGAUGUUCUGUCGAAAAUUCCGAAGAGAUUCCUCAAACCAUCUCAAGUUCGGGGAGUGGACACGGAAGCCUUUCUGCGCCAACAGCAACUGUCGAUGCACAUACAUGAGAAUAGCGUACUUGGAUAUCGUGGAUUGGUUGGAAAUCCUCACAUUCCGCCGUCGAUGAUAGUAGCCAAAAUUAUGGAACGUUUCCAGGAGAAUGAACGGGGACGACUGGUUCGCACUAGCACCCUCAUUCAUGGACCCCCUGUCGAGUUGUCCACUUCGGCGCCCACCGGAGGAGGAGUAGGAUUGGGGCAUAUCGACAGCCGCAACUCGUCGGGUCCUCCGUCGCCAAUCCUAAUCCCACGCCAUGCAUCUCUUGCCUCAGAAGGGCGGGUCUAGUUGUUGGUCCCUUAUUUUGUUCCCUUCGUAUUAUGUGUUAAACUUUCUAAAAAGACUUUACUAUAACUGUACAAUCGUCACACUUGACAUUAAAUCGAGCUUCGGAAUUAUUCCACCGUAUACUUUAGUUUGACCACUUAACGGACUCUUGUCCCUAUCGAUCCAAUUCUAGUUAAGAAAGAUCAUCACAUUCGUAACAUUCCUCUUCAUCAUUGAUGUGCAAUAGAUUGAACAAAUUCAGUAUUCGACGCUCGGAUGACAGUCACCUGCAAGGUCAAUAUUUUUGAUAGUGACUUUCCUUAGGAAACAUUUACAAGCACAUAUACCUACUUAUGACGAUGGCCCUGCAAUGACAGAAAUCAAAAUUAGGAGUUCACGGAAAUGAAGCUUUAACAGUUAAGAAAAACAACUGCACAGACACCUACAUAUCUCUUCGUAUGUACUUGGGAGUAAGCCGAAUUUUAUGACUGGUUGCAAUAUCAACUCUUUAGAUAGAUUGAAAUGUCUUUUAUACUACGCUACUCUCUUUGAACUUUGACCAUUCACAUAUACCUUUAAUAAUACAUAACACCUUUCGAAUCUUUGAAUAA